AUGAAAAAUCAUUUUUCUCAAUAUCAAAAUCCAUUACGUAUAUUGAAACUCAUAUCUGGUCGUCAAUGGUUAACAUUUUCAGCAUCAUGGCUUGCCUGGACUGCAGAUGCUUUUGAUUUUUUUUGUGUUUCACUUAAUGUUGAUAAUAUUGCCAAAGAGUUUCAUAAGAGUCACUCGGACGUUACACUUGCCAUUCUUUUCACGUUACUUACUCGUUCAAUUGGAGCUGUAAUAUUUGGUGCUCUUGGCGAUCGUUAUGGUCGAAAAUGGCCAAUGGUUGGCAAUAUUCUACUAUUUGGUAUAUUAACAUUUUCUACGGGAUUUACACGAAAUUUCAGUGAAUUUCUUGCUGUUCGUUCACUCUAUGGUAUUGCACUUGGGGGAAUUUAUGGAUGUGCUGCUUCUCUUGCUAUUGAAAAUUUACCAAAUGAAGCACGAGGAAUUAUGAGUGGUGUUCUUCAGCAAGGAUAUGCAUUCGGUUAUUUGCUUGCAGCUGCGAUUAAUUUGGCUAUAGUACCAAAUUCCAAGUAUGGUUGGCGAGCUAUAUUUUGGUUUGGUAUAGGACCGGCUGUGUUAAUUGCAAUAUUUCGUGCUGUUAUACCAGACGAAGAUGCAGCAAAACGAAGAGCACUCAGUUCUCGAGAUUCUUCGACAACAAUGACGGCAAAAGAUAAAGGCAGAGUAUUAUUGAAAGAAAUAAAAGAACUGUUUAGAUAUCAUUGGUUGCGACUCAUUCAUGCUGUUGCUUUGAUGAGCGGAUUUAAUUUUAUGUCACACGGAAGUCAAGAUUUGUAUCCUACUUUUCUAACGUCUCAGCUGGAAAACACGCCAACAACCUCGACGAAAGUUGUUUCUAUCAUGAAUUUUGGUGCAAUAAUAGGAGGAUCUCUGGCUGGUUAUUUUUCUCAAUAUUGGGGUCGCCGGAUCACUAUCAUUAGUCUAUGCUGUGUCGGCGCAUGCUUCAUCCCUCUAUGGUAUUUACCUACUGAUUGGCGAAUAUUGGCUAUUGGUGCAUUUUUUAUGCAAUUCUGUGUUCAAGGUGCAUGGGGAAUAAUACCAAUUCAUUUGAAUGAAAUAAGUCCUUCUAGUACACUACGUGCCGUGUUCGUUGGUCUUACUUAUCAACUGGGUAAUGCCAUAUCAUCUGCGUCAGCUACAAUCGAAGCUACUGCUGCUGAAAAACUAAAAACUAAAAGCCCGUCAGGAAAAAUUGUACCAGAUUAUGGUAAAACACAAGCAAUAUUUAUCGGUGCUGUAUUUCUAUGUGUUAUUAUAUUAACAGCAGUAUCACCGGAAUACAAAGGAGCAAUGCUAGAAGAAGUUAAAUAUGCUGAUGGGCGAGUAGUUGUCCAAGUGAAGCCAGACGUAGAUAAACCGGAGACUGUUGAGGAGAAUAACCAUUACGAGGGAUGA